AUUCCUAAGGGGGUAUGUCCCCUUGGUAGGUCAAAGUCAGACACCACAAGGGGGGAGCCCCAGAGCACCCACCUCUCCUUGCCUGGGAAACUAGAAGUGGAGCUGGGGAGAAGGAGAAGGAGGUGAAAAGGAUGGGCAGCAAGGAAGAUGUGGGGAAGGGAUGUCCGGCGGCCGGUGGCGUCUCCAGCUUCACCAUCCAAUCCAUUCUGGGCGGGGGCCCCUCCGAGGCACCGCGGGAGCCCACCGGGUGGCCAGCCAGGAAACGCAGCCUGUCUGUGUCCUCGGAGGAGGAGGAGCCGGAGGAAGGCUGGAAGGCUCCUGCUUGCUUCUGCCCAGAUCCGCACGGCCCCAAGGAGCCAAGCCCUAAGCACCACCCUCCCAUACCUUUCCCUUGCCUGGGUACCCCCAAGGGAAGCGGAGGCCCAGGGCCUGCGGCCUCGGAGCGUACUCCCUUCCUUUCUCCUUCUCACUCGGACUUUAAAGAAGAGAAGGAAAGGCUCUUGCCGGCGGGCUCGCCUUCUCCGGGCCCGGAGCGGCCACGGGACGGCGGUGCGGAGCGCCAAGCUGGAGCAGCCAAGAAGAAGACGCGAACCGUCUUCUCCCGCAGCCAAGUGUACCAGCUCGAGUCCACUUUCGACAUGAAACGCUACCUGAGCAGCUCGGAGCGCGCUUGCCUCGCCUCCAGCCUGCAGCUCACCGAGACCCAGGUUAAGACUUGGUUCCAGAAUCGCCGCAACAAGUGGAAGCGGCAGCUCUCCGCCGAGCUGGAGGCGGCCAACAUGGCACACGCGUCGGCGCAGACUCUCGUGGGCAUGCCGCUGGUGUUUCGGGACAGUUCGCUGCUGCGAGUGCCAGUGCCGCGCUCUCUCGCCUUCCCCGCUCCGCUCUAUUACCCCAGCAGCAACCUCUCGGCCUUACCACUCUACAACCUGUACAACAAGCUUGACUACUGACACGCCCGCCGGCUCCCGGGGUGCCCCUGGUCGCCUGCAGCCGCCUGCAUAGCCUGGCGCGGUCGGUAUCCUUCCCAGGGCUCCGGAGCAGAGUGGCGCGUGUCCAGAAAUAUUAAGAAAUACACCAUGUGUAUUCGUUA